AUGGCGGCAAGCCUCAUCGCGACAGCUCAUAGAAUACGGCAAAAAGCAGCCUCAGCCCUUUACCGGCGCGGGUUGGCUCGGUAUCGCCUCGGAGAUCACAGGCGAUCUCGCCCGGACCUCGAAGCUGCACUGAGAUCGAUCAGCAACUGGCGCAUGAACCAGGAUGGAGCUUCUGAAGAUGCCCCAGGCAUGCAUGAUCUGGAGCGUCGAAUUCGACAUUACUUGAUCGACAUUCGACGCACCCUCGAGCUCGAGAAAGCGAACUGCCAGAAAAUCUUUCUCAGGAAAGACAGCGAGAAACGACUCUACGAUGAUCGGCCUGAUCGACAAGAGCAGGAGACGGUGGAGGUAGACGACUCUGACGAAGCCAUUGAGGCCAAGCUACGUGCGCUGCGCGGUGGUGGGGGCUGGUGCUGCUGCGGGUACCGAACCUUGUGCAAUUGGGUCAAAGACUCCCCGCGAAGAACUGAGUUUAACAGCGGUCCAGUAAGCAUCACGCAGCGCAUCCACCAAGAACAACGUUUAACCGAUUUUAACCGCCUCAUGGAAGAUGCCGUGGAGCGGCGAGCAGCCAGAGCUUAUCUGGAAGGGAGGCAGACCGUGUCGCGGACCUUCUAUAGCGGCGAGGUGCUCUUUGUGGGCAAGGGUUUUGCCUGGAUCAAGCUGCUUGAUGCUCCUGGUGACGAGGUGCCAGAAUCCGUACUCGAGCAGCUCCGAGAGAUGACAGCAGCUGUCAAGAAGAAGUCGCGGACGCAGCUGCGGCACAGGAAGGCGAAAAUCGACGAAACUGUCGAGUAUGUGGUCUACGUCAGCGCAUUAGACCUGUCAGAUACACGGCCACUUCGUUUGGGGGCACAGGUCAAGAUGAGGCUCUACUCAGACACGCGCGGCGUCGGCGGUGAGGAUGUGGAGGUCACGGCUGAACCGGAGCUCCCAUCUCAGGUGGAAGAGCCGGAGGCUCCUCCAGAAGAGGAUGCUGAGGCUCAGGACCACAAACCGCGGUACAUGCGCAGCUUCGAAACCAAGGUCGCCGAGGAAGAGCGCCAGGUCCUGGACGGCAGCUACGAAGGAGAGGUCGUGCGUCGCGCAAAGACAUAUGCCUGGAUUCGGCCCGUUUCUUCUGAGAAGCUUCCCGAGCACGUCCGCCUCAAACUCAAGGAGAUGUGUGACGGGUUCCGGAAAAAGGCAGAGGAUGGCGGCCGUGGAAAGCCCUUUUGUGGAGGGAUUGAAGAUGACGUUGUGUAUGUUGCCAAUCCCGAUCUUUCAACGAAGGGCACUAUCCUCAGUGUCGGCAUGAAGGUUAGCUUCAAGCUGUACAUGGACAAGAAGGGUGUGGGGGGGUACGAUGUGACUGCCAGCGAGGAGCACAUCGAAAAGAUGCUGGAGGCGAUACGCAAGAAUUUCGAGACCCAGGAGGGCCGGAAGAAGUCGCUGCAGCUGCGCGAUGCUUUUGGCGAGGGCCCGGAGAGUUUCAAGGACGUUCUUUGGGUGGGGGAAUGCACACAUUCCUUCUCCUUGGCUGCAGGCCGGCUGGCUGGUGUCAUACCAUUUGCGGAUGAGGCGAGCCAUCCCUUCAGCUUGAACAAGGCAUGCUGGUGCUCAACGGAACUGAGAUGGCCAAGAACACUCGAGAAAAAACUCGAGCUGGACCUAGUGGAGAACAUCAAGCUGUUGCGAUCGAAGGAAGUUUGGUGCGCGGAUGACGUCAACGGAGUGAAACUGAAACAGACUUUGGAGAAGGCGAAGUGUCCGCACAGCAGCUUCGACACAAUCUUCUGGAUGAUGCCCUAUGUUCCGGAUAGACAGUGGCGUCCGCCUGCUAGUAUUUCUCAGAUGAUGUACUACUACAUCCAGGCCUUCCUGGAGAGUGCUGCCCACGUGUGCAAGGAGGACGGCCAGCUGGUUGUGGUUGUGACGUCAGCUCAGUGCUUGAGCUGGAACCUGUACAACUGCAAGCCGAAAUGGCAGGAACGAGAGCUGCAACCGGAGGUGUGGUGGUUUGACGUGGCCCCGUUUGAAAAGCACGGCUACCAAUCCCGGUUUGGCGAUGGCCGCGAUCGGUACGUAGACCACCCCGUUUUUCACAGGCUCUGCGACACGGUGGCUGUGUGCUGGAGGAUGAAUUCGUCUGCAUCCGCGCCUGGCGAGGAUGAAGCAGAAGUCCGUGGCGUUACAGAAGAUGACAUCAUGGAACGCAAGAAGCUCCUGGAAGAUGUUGGCAAAGAUCCCAGCGAGGUGCAGCAGCUGCAGCAUCAGCUGGUGGAGGCGCAGCGGCGCUUUGCUGCCGCAGCUGCUGGCACACCGCCGCCCCUGCCUCCAGCUGUGGCCUGGGGGCCGCCACAGGUCAACGAACCUGCAGAGGUCCUGGCUCCCUCGGACGUGGUCGUGGAGCGCCGGCGGCAGUUCGGGGACCGGCUGGUACGGCUCUGGGUGGAGGAUGUGCCCUUCCGCGGUGGUGCCCGGGUGCAUGCCAUGGACACAACAAGUUUUGUUCGAAGCGUGGUCGCUUCUGGUGACGGCUCCAUGAUCCUGCCGUGGCUGAUUAGAGAAAUGCUGAUGGAGGGAGGGGUGCUCAGCUGGUACACCAAUGAAUUGAUGCACGUGUCGAGGCAGCCCAUGGUUUCAUGGAGGGACACGGCCAUGGUGACACAGCACAGCAGCUGGAAAGAGGCCCCCUGCCUGCCAGGUGAACUUGAAGUGACGGUUCAACUGGAAGCCGGCCUAGCCCAGCAGGUCACGAUGGAGGAAUGCGGAAGGGUCUUUGGUCUCUUCGGAGAGGUAGCACAGCUUGACCUCACGCGUCUCCGCGAAACAGGAGCACUGCGUGUCUGUUUCUUCGAAUCCAAAGCAGCCCUGGCGCUACAAGAUUACCUGGACACCCACGGAAGUCUUUGGAGGUCGCCACCAACAAAUGGGGACUCCGUUGCCUUCCAUGCCUCCGGAAGUCCCGGCGGUUAUGGGUCUUGGGAGCCUGGCCGGAUUUCCAGUCGGCGACCAUCAGACUCACAGGAAGUGAGGAACUACUUGGAAAUCGACGAAGGGCGACUCCUCCGUGGUCAGGAAACGCGCUGUUCCUUGAUGAUUGGACAAGUGCCAAAAAACUGCGAUUCCGUCUUCCUGCUGGAGAAGCUGCGCGAGCUCGAACUGUUGCACAGACUGCGCUUCUUUUACAUGCCCAUUGACAAGAGUCGAAAGCGGCAUUUUGGAUAUGUCUUCUUAGAGGUGUCCACACCUCAGGACGUCAUCGCUCUCUUACGACUUCUACCGCGCUUGGGUGAGUUGUUGGGCACAUCGCGGUCGAACCGGCAGCUACACUUGCAUUUCGCACGGAUUCAGGGCUGGAAGAACUUCAUGCGCCAGUACAGCGAUCUGGACUUCAUUUUCGAGCCGAAUGCCAAUGUGCGACCACAAUUGUUCCUGCCGCACCGAUCGUCUGAGACCGACGGUGACUUCAGGGAUUUGUUGCCGUCAGAUCUGACCAAGACCUACUACCAGCAUUUCAAGCGCUUUAGAGAAUGCCAGGUCAUGUUCGACAGCUGGUGGCAGCGCUUGGCUCGGAGUCGUCAGGCCGCGCUCGCCGACGGGGACCCUCUGAGGGAGUUCCUCCUUUGCCUGUUGGAUGCUUCCUACUUCGAACUGGACGGCAUUGGGCAACUCCAGCUGCGCGUCCCGGCCGCGGUCCCGCCACUUCCACCGGUGCCGGACAAGGAGCUGAUUGAAAUCCUGUCUUACAAGGCGAGCUCACAUUCGAGCGCCGAACCGCUGACGAAGGACUGGAUCCGUGACAAGCUCUUGGUACCCAGAUCGGUUGUCUCUUCUAGUUCGUCUUCUCAGCGCAGCCGUGGAUGCGCGGCAUACGCGCCAAAGCCUCGUAGCAGCAGCGCCCGAGGUGCACAAAGCUCGGCGCGGGCUCGGCCAUCCUCCGCAAGGCCCUCCUCGACGCGGAGUGCAGCUCGCUCGAGCUCAUCUGGUCCUGUUCCAAGAUGGAGCAUGUCAGACGCAUCUGCAGAGGGCUCCUUCUUUAACGACUCAAGCGAACGGCCCAGCUCUCGCCAGCCUCCAGUGCCUGGAGGCCUCCGUCUUCGGCAUCCUCUGCAAGAACGUGAAAAGGCCAACCUUCCUUAUCGGGUCCCCCCGCCGGCGAAAAACGCUGAGCAGGAGGCAAAAGGGAAAGCGAAGGCGCCAGUUCCGCAUGCAGCGCACGCGCCAGCAUCGCACACGCCGGCAGCACAUGCGCCGGCAGCGGUCGCAGCACGUGCUGCUUCCAACGCAGCGUAUCCGAGCCAUCAGCGUCGCAGGCCGGCAUCGGCAAAGAUCCACAAACACAAGCGGGUGGCCGAGCCGGAAGAAGACAUCAUUUACGAGGACGUUGAGGGGCCGCACGUGGAUCGCGAGAUGCGCGCUCCCUGCAGCUCUGGGGACGCACAGGCUCCGGAGACGGAGCGCCCUGUCAGCGUCCCCAGCCACGAGGCAGUGGCCUCCCAGGCAAAGCGGCACCACCGUGCAUGGAGGCCUGCCUCUGCCAAGGUGCACAAGCACAAGCGCGUCGAACGCUGCGAGAACGCGGAGGACAUUUACGAUGACUUGGAGCCGAGCCUGGCGGAGAGCUCCGAUUUCUCCGGGCAGGAGGAUGCUGCCUCUCCUGACCAGCCCUUUGAGGACGCUGAAGAACUCGCGCCUCCAUCACAAGGUGUGGAUGUGUGGAUUCAUCAGGAGAGCCACGGUGAGGCAUUCCAUGGCCACUUUGAAUUCGUGGCACCCCGAAGAUCGUCUCCACUCAGCUUAGACAGCAUUGGCACCGGUGGCAUGGUUGGGGCCAUGGCCCAGGCUCUCAACCGCUUCCACUUCUGUUGUCCAGAGAUGCCUGAGUGUUCCGAUGCUGUGUGGUGCCUUUCUCGCCCGAAGCAUAUCCUUGAAGAAACCCGCUUGGCAGACGAGACGAUAUUGUAUUCUGGUCCGAUCCGCAUAAAUACCAUCUUGCUGCAGGCCGUGGGAAAGUGGUGGAAUGAGACAUACGAGUUCUGGGAUGCGCUAGAGAUCUGGAAUGCUCCGAGUUUACGAGAGGACAAGCGACCUGAGGCCCUCGAGCUCUCGCAAUUGCUGGAGCGAGUGAACGCUACAGCUCUCAAAGCGAAUGCUGAGACUGGUGAGGCAAAGACCCGCACCCGCCAGGACUUGUCCGAUCUGCUGGAGCUUCUGCCCGGCGUCACCAUCGCAUACUAUAGGAUGCGCUUCACCAGCGUCUUUGAUAAGGCGCCAGUGAAACGCGGACUCUCCAGUACCGCUGUUUAUGCAAAUCUGGCUCUGCUGGCAGUUUUUGUACGUGUGGUCGCACCGCGUUUGUUGGCUGCCGACAACCUGGACGAGUUUUUCGAGGCUGUGCAGCCUCUGGGAGUUCCUGAUCGUGCAUCCCUGAUGAGUAUACUUCAGUCUGUUGCUGCCUAUGAUACUGCCACGAAAAUCGGACUCUAUGUGUUGGCCUUCGUUGCCGAGAAGCUGCUUCUUGGCUACUCUUCUUCUUGCCUGGAAAGGCAUGCGCAGUUCUGGAAGAGAGAGCGGGAAGAACAAGAGGAGCCAGCAUGGUCGAAGAGGAACACUCCAUCUGGAUUCUCCAUGCUGUGUAGCUGUUGA